AUGUCAUAUAGCUACCUCUUUAAAUUUAUAUUGAUUGGUGAUACAGGUAUAUAGAUUAUAAAUACCAUUUAAAGGUGUUGGCAAAUCUUGUCUUCUUUUGUAAUUCAUAGAUAAGAGAUUCAGAUAAAAGCAUGAAGUCACUAUUGGUGUGGAAUUUGGUGCAAGAAUGAUAGAGUUUGAUGGUUAGAAUAUCAAAUUACAAAUUUGGGAUACGGUAUUCUCAAUAUUUUAAAAUGUUAUAGGCAGGAUAAGAAUCUUUUAGAUCUAUUACUCGUUCUUAUUAUCGAUCAGCAGCUGGUGCAAUCAUAGUUUAUGACAUCACAAAAAGGGAAACCUUCGAAAAUAUUUCUAGAUGGUUAGAAGAAGCUAAAUAAAAUGGAAAUCCAAAAUUAACAUUUACACUUGUUGGAAAUAAGAGUGAUUUGGAAGCAGAGUAUAUUAUAAUUAUUCCUAAUAUUUAGUCGAUAAGUUUCUUUUGAAGAAGGACAAGAAUUUGCAAAAAAUAAUGGUAUUGAUUUUGUAGAAGUGAGUGCAAAGACAGCUAAUAAUGUAGAAGAAGUAUUCCUUAAGACAGCAUAACAAAUUUUAGAAAAAAUUAAUAACAAUUAAAUUGACCCUAAAAAUGAAAGUCAUGGAAUUAAAAUAGGAACUGAAUAAGGAAUCAAAAAAUCAUUUAUUAAUAAUACUCAAUAAUUGUAAUCACAACCAGAAGUUGAAGAUAAAUAAGGAACAUGUUGUUGAAU